UCUAUAUUAUUAAACUCUUUGAAUUCUGAAAUUACAAUGACCACUCUGGUCAGAAAGCUGUGUUUUUAAAAAACUCUGAAUAUAUGUGGAUUUUAUGAAGGUUCAAAGCGUUGCGUGUAUUUUGUUUAUUUUAAAACUGGUAAAACAGAAGUAAUAAAAUAUGACUGCUGUUGUGGCGAAAGCUCUCGUGAUCCUCGUUGUUGCUACGUCUGUUACUUGCAGAAUCCACAGGCUGCCUCUUACGGAUGAUGAGCGACAUUAUGUUGAUCUCACCACGUUUGGAUUCUACGAAGGGGGAAUUCUCGAUGUGCAUGUGAUUAAUUUCAUGUUACCAUCAGGCCCAGUCUAUGGAGAGUAUGGAUUUACGCUUGAUCGAACAAUAAAUGAUGCUAUUAACCCAUACUUGGAAGCACACUCUGACACAUGCAUACUUAAAGGGGUGCAGAAAAACAGAACACACCAUGGAAUAGUUUUCCUGAAGAUGGAUUUUAAUACCCUAAGAAUGAACAUCACAUGCGAAGGAGAAAUUUUAGCGCUACACCUGUACCAGGAUAAGUCUAUGAUACCAAAGGCCAAAAUGAAUUCGAAUUCCCAGUUAAAUACAUUUGGAACUUCUGCAGAAGUUGCAGAAAAUGUGAGUGAAGUGGCGCAAAAUCGGUGCUCCGAUGCCGUAAUUCGAAUCACAAAAGAGACGCGCAAUAACUUCGAUUAUUACAAUACAAGUUUCGCUAUGUAUGUGGCAUCCGAGCAAGAAAUGGGCCUCUACAAUCUCUACUUUCAUUAUUGCCCGCAAGGUAGCGGUCCGACCGUACCUACUAAUGCAGUGAUUGAAAUCUUCGAAAGCAACAAAAACAGUUUCCUAUCGGCAGGCGAGAUUCCCCUACCAGCGAUUUACAGUAUGAUGUCGUUGCUGUUUUUCGUGAGCGCCUUCUUCUGGACGUCAAUGAUCAAAUUCAGUGUACAUAAAGUGUACAAGAUCCACCACAUUAUGUGCGUGCUGGUGUAUUUGAAGGCGAUCUCGCUAGCCUUCCACGGAAUCAACUACCACUUCAUACAGACUAAAGGGGAGCACGUCACCGCGUGGGCUAUACUCUAUUACAUCACGCAUUUGCUAAAAGGCGCAGUAUUGUUUGUUACAAUCGUGUUGGUUGGCACCGGUUGGAACUUCAUCAAACACAUCCUCGCUGACAGAGAUAAGAAGAUAUUUAUGAUUGUUAUACCAUUGCAGGUGGUAGCUAACGUGGCCGAGAUCAUUAUUGCGGAGAGCGAGGAAGGCGCGGCUGAACACAACACGUGGAGGAUCCUGUUCAUACUUGUCGACAUGCUUUGCUGCGGCGCCAUAAUGUUCCCCGUUGUAUGGUCCAUCCAUCACUUGGAAGAUUCUUCAACAACCGAUGGCAAGGCUGCUGUCAAUCUGCGGAAGCUGAAGUUGUUCCGGCACUUCUACAUCAUGAUCCUCUGCUACAUAUACUUCACGAGAUUCAUAGUUACCAUCUUAGAGAACACAGUGCCGUUUCAAUACACAUGGGUCGAUGAGAUGUUCCGGGAAAUGGCCACUCUCGUGUUCUUCGUGAUGACCGGCUAUAAAUUCCGACCGGCGGCGGCCAAUCCCUACUUCACUCCUCUACAAAUGGACGACCACGAAGCAAAAGUUUUAUCGGAUAUCGGCGUGUUGGAUGGACUUACAAAUCGUGAGAAACGAAGAGAAGAUAUGCAGCCUCUAAUGCAAGAUAAUUCCGAUUAGAAACUUAAUUCCUAAGUAUUUAGUUAUUUUAUUAUAGUAUCUUACCUCCCUGGCGCAACGGUGAGCGCUUGUGGCCCUAGUGCCUGAGUGGGAGGUCGCUGGUCCGACUCCCGGCUAGAGUCAAUUGGGGAAUUCGUAAUUUCUUAGUUGGCUCAGGUUUGGUUGCUUUGGCCGCGGCUAGUUACCGUUCUACGUGUGUAGAAAAUGUAGAUUUUAGCUGUAACAUGGUGCCACAAGUGCGUGAGAGAGUGAGAGAGUAAGAGCAAAACGAUCUACUAUUACUUUGCUUGUGAGAGUGAGAGAAAAGCAGCCUACUACUUUGCUUGUUCAGUGUUGGAGAGAAAGAGAGCAAAGGAGGUAAGAUAAUGAGAGGCAUGCAACUUCCGCACCAUGCUCUACAGAGAGAAAACUGUAGAGGAUUUUUUUUAUACUGCCACAACAUUUCAAAUUUUAGCGCGAUUGUCUUAUUUAGAUAACAUCCAGAUGAAAAUGUAGUAAAGUGCUAAUUUCUGACUAAAAUAAAGUUAUAGACCGUUAAUUUCAUCCGAUAGGCGAAGACAAUAUGAUGGGUACACGAUAAAAUAUGGGAUGUCAAAACAAUAUGUCCUUAUUUUUCUCUGCAUUAAAGGGUUUUGGUAGGUUGAUUAUAACAAUAAGACGUUAUUAAUAAAUCGAGCGACUGCGAUUCCUUUAAAGCUGUUUGCUCAUGUCAAAAUUAAAAUAUUAACAUUU